CACAUGGUCAAGUCAAUUUAUAUUUGCACAUAUCUUAUAGCCCACUCUCUACUGUUUCCAUAUUAUUUUUCAUCGUAAAGUAAAUAGUAUCAUGCUUUAUAUAUCAUCAUUCAAAAAUACAUAACUACAAAUUUCACUUUUUUUUUUUCUGUAAAAUAUUUCAAAAAUCAUGACUGGAGGAAGAGAAAUCCUGCACAAGAUGAAGGAAAAGGCAUGUUUUAUUCCUUCCAUGCCAGACUCACCAGAUACAAGAGGCAAGGGCGGAGCAUCAAAGCGGAUUACUCACGGUUCCCACCUGGUGAAGGGAAAGUCUAAUCAUGCGAUGGAAGAUUGCUUAGUUUGUGAGUUUAAGCAAGUCAAUAACAACGAGUUGGGCCUAUUUGCAAUCUAUGAUGGACAUAUGGGCCAUGAUGUAGCUAACUACUUGCAGACACACCUGUUUAACAAUAUUUUGAAAGAGCAUGACGUUUGGACGGAUACUGAGAGUGCAACUCGGAGAGCUUAUCAUAGUACAGACAAAGAUAUUCUGGCAAAAGCAUUCGAAUUGGGAAAAGGAGGGUCAACUGCAGUUACUGCAAUGCUGAUCAAUGGUCAAACACUUAUAGUUGCAAAUGUGGGAGAUUCUCGAGCAGUCAUAUCCAAGAAAGGAGUUGCGGAGCAGCUAUCAGUUGAUCAUGAGCCAAACAGGGAAAGGGAGAUAAUUGAAAGCAAAGGCGGAUUUGUUUCAAACAUACCAGGUGAUGUACCUCGUGUUGAUGGACAGCUUGCUGUUGCCAGGGCAUUUGGAGACAAGAGCUUGAAGAGACAUCUUAGUUCAGAUCCAGAUGUGGCAAUUGAACUGAUAGAUAACGACGUUGAUCUCAUUAUUUUGGCAAGCGAUGGUCUGUGGAAGGUUAUGUCCAACCAAGAGGCAGUGGACUGCAUUAAGAACAUGAAAGACGCGAAAGCAGCUGCUAAACAUUUAUCAGAAGUGGCGAUUUCAAGGAAAAGCAAGGAUGAUAUUUCCUGCAUAGUUGUAAAGUUCCAGUGAAAGUAAGUAAAGUUGGGUUGUACAAAGGUUUUUUUGAUAUGAAAAAACACUUUCCUGCUGAACAGUGCUUUGUUAAGUUGAAAAUAUUUCCAGUGAAUCAAAGAUCAGUGGCAUCCAGACUUUUUUCCCUUCGUAAAAUGUAUUCAUUGCUAAGUACUGUAUAUUCAUUUUCUUAGACAAAUAUAUUACAUUUCCUCUAAGCAGAGUCUAUUUGUUCCUCAAAA